GCCUGCCAGGGGGCCGUGUACUGCCCGCGGAGUCUCUGGUUAUUCGGGAGAGGAAGGAUGGUCCGGGGCGCCUCCCCUCGGCACGGCCUGUGAGAGACAUGCUGCCCGGGGCCCCGGACCCCCCGGGGUGGGGGAGAAGGGGGAGGCAGCCGGGCCCCGGGCUGUGGUGUCCGUCCCUGCUGCUACUGCUCCCGGUUCUCUUACCCGUCAGCAAAGCCCAGUCCGGGCCCGGGGCGCACAGUGAGUCCGGGCUGAACGUCUACAUGAGCGAGGAGGAGGUGCGGAGGCUGAUCGGUCUGGAUGCAGAGCUAUACUAUGUCAGGAACGAUAUUAUAAAUCACUAUGCGCUUUCCUUUAACCUGCUCAUUCCCACCGAGACGAGCAGCCUCCAUUUCAGCUGGCACUCUAAAUUCAAGGUGGAAUACAGACUAGGGUUUCAUGUGGACAAUCCUUUAGCAAUGGACUUACCACAGACCAAUAUCUCAACGCAGGGGGAUGUUCCCCGCUCCUUAUCAGUGUUUCGAGUUGAUCUUUUCUGCUCUGGGAAAAUGGACUCCGAGGUCACGUUAGUCAUGCAGCUCAACAUAACAAUCAGCUCUGCCAAAAACAUCACAGUCCUUAAUUUCAAGCGGAGGAAAAUGUGCUACAGGAAAGUUGAGCAAGAAGUGAAACCCCCAAUAGCUGUAGACAGAAACAACACAAGAAUACAUUUUGAUCCUGUAAAUGUAGCUCCUACGACCUCCACCCGUGUGUUCUAUAUAAGUGUUGGCGUCUGCUGUGCAGUUAUUUUCUUGGUGGCCAUUAUACUGGCGGUGCUGCAUCUUCACAGCAUGAAACGUGUGGAGCUUGAUGACAGCAUGAGUGACAGUGGCAGCUCCCAGGGACUCUCUCAGCCCUCUACCCAGACAACGCAGUACCUGCGGGCGGACACCCCUAACAAUGCCACGCCGGUCACCAGCUCCUCAGGUUAUCCAACACUGCGGAUCGAGAAGAAUGACCUGAAAAGCGUCACCUUGCAAGAGGCAAAGGUUAAGGUGAAGGACAUCGCUAUCUCCCGGGAGAGAGUUACCCUCAAAGAUGUCCUACAGGAAGGCACCUUUGGGCGAAUAUUCCAUGGUAUCCUAGUGGACGAGAAGGACCCCAGCAAAGAGAAGGCAAUGUUUGUAAAGACUGUGAAAGAUCAAGCGUCUGAAGUUCAAAUCACAAUGAUGCUGACUGAAAGCUGCAAGCUGCGAGGUCUGCACCACAGGAAUCUCCUCCCCAUUGGUCAUGUCUGUAUAGAGGAUGGGGAGAAGCCAAUGGUGCUGCUGCCUUUCAUGAACUGGGGGAACCUGAAACUGUUCCUGAGGCAGUGUAAGCUGGUGGAGGCCAAUAACCCACAGGCCAUAUCCCAGCAGGACCUUGUGCAUAUGGCGAUUCAGAUAGCUUGCGGAAUGAGUUACUUGGCCAGACGAGAAGUGAUCCACAAAGACCUCGCUGCUAGAAAUUGUGUGAUUGACGAAUCUCUCCAAGUAAAGAUCACCGAUAAUGCGCUAGCGCGCGACCUCUUCCCCAUGGAUUACCAUUGUCUCGGUGACAAUGAAAACCGACCGGUACGCUGGAUGUCUCUUGAAAGUCUGGUGAACAAAGAGUUUUCCAGUGCUGGUGAUGUGUGGGCUUUUGGCGUAACCUUGUGGGAACUGAUGACGUUGGGGCAGACUCCUUAUGUGGAUAUUGACCCAUUUGAGAUGGCUGCGUACCUGAAGGAUGGUUACAGAAUAGCUCAGCCCAUUAACUGCCCUGAUGAGCUGUUUGCAGUCAUGGCAUGCUGUUGGGCUCUGGACCCAGAAGAAAGGCCUAAGUUCCAGCAGCUGGUACAGUGUCUGACUGAGUUCCACUCCGCACUCGGUGCUUAUGUGUGAGAGGAGCCACUAGAACGUCACACUUCCCGAAUCUGUAUAAAGCUCACAGCACAGUGCCUUAGGAUAUGACGUAUAACCUUCAAAUUUUUUUACUUUUUUUUUUUUUUUUUAAAUACUUUUAUAUCAAGUAUUUUAUUGCUAUUAUAUCUUGGUUUUCAUGAAGCUGAAUGGAUUUAACACUACAUGGAGGAAUACGCAAGUCUUGACUCAAGAGUGAGACACUAUACUGUUUCUGCAAAGGGCACCUGAUGCCAUAAAGACAUUUGUACUAUAUAAAUAUUGGACAUUUUUUUUGUUAUUUUGUUUGUUAAACCCUUCCCCUUUGUUCCUUUUUUUUUUUUUUUUUUUUUUUUAUAUAGGACUUUUUUAUUCUAUAAUUGCUAUAUGUUUGGACGUCUUUAAGAUGCAUUGUUCCUUUGUAAAAGGGUGAAAACAUAAGUUAUAUAACACGUGACAAUGCCUCCUUAUGUAUGCUUUUUUUAAAUUUACGAUGCAGCAGUUCACUUUGUACAUAAAGGAUAACGGUUUUCCUCAGCACAGAUAUUUUACUGGAUAACUCACACGAUAUAGUAUUACGGUACAACUCAUUAUGUUUUACCUCUUUCUCGCAGGAAGGGCUUGUACAGAAUAAAGAAGACACUAGAAUGGCUAGCGCGGUACUAUUAAAUAGAAAAUACAUUCCUUCUGAACCAGGAACUACUCUGUACAGCCACCCAAUUUGAAGGUUCUGUCUAAAAGUCUAUAGGGCACAAACUUUGUCAAUCAAAAUCAGUAAUGUAAUUAUAGCCUGCCUAGCAACAGGAAAACUGCAGUGAGGCCUAUUCCACAGUCCUAGUAUGUAAUCCUUAACGAAAAUCAUUGGGACCGUUCAGUGCAGUGGUGCCAGCUAAAACCAGAUUUCCUGCUAGUAUCCCGUUAUCUACAAGUACACACCUCAAAGCUAAUUUAAUCAACCCCUCCCCUUUUAAAAUAAAUAAAUAAAUAAAUGAAAUGAAAUGAGUAAAGCUGAUAAAAAGUUAUCACCAUAUAACAGGAAAUCAGAAAUGAAAAACCAUGAUGUAACCGUAGCUAUGAUUUGUGGCUGCUCUAGAAUUCUCCUGUAUUCUUUAUUAUGUGCAUUACUGUCUUGCUGGAGUAUUGCACUAGCACAAGAUACCAGUCACCCCCGCAGGAUGGAGGGAGCACUGAACAAUAUUUUGUUUGCUUUGCAGUGAGGACCUAACCUGCAGUAAGGCACCAAUUCUUAUGACACAGUGCAUAGGGUACGUUCUAUUUAAAAAUAUUCACUUCUUAUGAAAUAUCACUUUUGCAUUUCAUGAGCUAUAUGUAUUUUCAUUCGUAGUGCUUAGGCGUAAAUAGAUAUGUUUCUUUACUCUGGGAGGCUAAACCACUUGGCAACAAAGAAUCCUCACCGUUGCAUUAUAGCAGGGUCAAGAGGUACAUUUAUCAUCCUGGCUUCCUUCCUAGUGCUGACGGCUUACCACCUUCCUAGCAUGUUGAUGUACGUGGAGUGCAGUCACAUGAAUUAUAACAUCAGGACAGCUCUAAUUCCCAGGGCAUGCUGGAACUUGUAGCUCCGCAAUAAGAAAUCCCCUACCUUUGCUAUGAAGUGUCUUAGAAGGAUGGAUGCUAGUAAAACGACAGUGUUUGGUCUAGUCACAUUUGGUAAUGUAGAGUUUUGUAAACAAUUUUAACAGCAGUAGUUUGGUAUUUGCUGUGCUGCUUUCACAAGAGAUUCACUUGCCAUAUUGAUUAAUUACUCUAUCAUGCAUGGACUCCAGAACCUCAUUUGCAUGGACUCAGAACUUCACUUGCAUGGACUCCAGAACCUCAAUUGGGGACAAAUUCGGCAGAGGUUGAACAAUUCUCCCUAUUGUUGCAUAUCUGCAGCUGCCUGUACUACAGGAGUUCUGGCCGAAAACCAGUGCCAUUCUGUCUUUUUUUUUUCUCCUGGCAACUGAAAUACCAUUUUAUUUCAACUUUGUUACUUUUAAUUGGCUAAACCUCAUUCUUUAUAUUUGUUCUACUGUAGGAGACAAUUAGCGGCAUAACGUACAACUACAAAUGUCGGAGACUAAGGGGGACAUUUACUAAGCGGUGGUGAGAGCGAAGAAGUGAGCCAGUGUAAAGGUUGCCCAUGGCAACCAAGCAGCACUGAAGUAACAUCUAUCAUUUGCAUACUAUAAAAUUAUACAGUUCUGCUGAUUGGUUGAUGGGGCAACUUCUCCACUGGCUCACUUCUCCACUCUUAUCACUGCUUAGUAAAUGUCCCCCUGAGGCCCAGACAUCUUUGCACAGCAGUUAGAGAAAUAACUUCAUGCGCUAACUGAAAGCAUGCAAAAUGUCUGGCUGACAAUUAGAUAAAUGAUCUGCAACAAGCUGGCCACAACAUACAGUAUUUUGGAUGGUUUCACAAUAGUUCUUUAAUGAUUAAUCUAUAAACUCCUAAUUGGGGUGCAACUGUACUUGUCUGGUUGUGUAGCCAAAAAUAAUAAAUCCAUUUCAAAUACCUGAAAGAAUUCCAGACCAUCAUCUAACAAUUUUUAGGAAUGACUUCUCAAUUUGCUCUUAUUUAUUUUUGUUGGAAUGGCUCAUUGGUCAGUGCUCUAUAUCUCCACCAUGGCGUUUCUAGGUGAUUUCAGCAGACCGAAACCGCUGUCUGCUGUGAUAGAGCUUUUCCCAUUCACUUGCAGUCUCGGAUUUUACUGCUGCACAUGUGUGCAGUAUUUAUUUACUUGUCCUAGAUGUUAGCACAUAUGUAACUGGAACAUGAAUCUUCCACUAUCACAGGCCACAGUUCCACCAUCACAUGCCUCCUUUAUUGCUUGGUUGAAGGCCGGAAUACGACAUGUGCCCAGCCUUACAGGAGUGGUGCAAACACAGGACACUAACAUAGAACUAAUCCCAUCCACCAGCCGUCAUUGCAACGUAGUCCAUGUUGCAGUUAUUGUGAGGCCGCUCUUGUUAUAUGCUGUUAGCACUGUGUCAACAAAUCAGUUUGUACUUGUCAGGAGCAGUCUUGUAAUUAAAUGGCAAAGAUCCAAAUAUAUUUUUUUAAUACGUUGUGAAAUAAAAGAAAAUUAAAAAAAAAA